AUGAGUGAGAAGAGAGAAAAGAUAAAGAAACAGGUACAGUCUUUGUUGAAGGGGGCCAAGAAGGAACUUGUUGACAAGGAUUAUGAUGGAUGUAUCGAAACCUGUAAAAGCAUUCUGAAACUCGACAAGACUAACUUUUUUUGUUAUCUCUUUUUGGGUAAAUCGUUUGAGGCGAAGAAGAGGCCAGGAGAUGCAUUGAAGGCAUAUCAGAAGGCUACAGAGAUAGAACCCGAUCAAGCUCUUGGAUGGAAGGGUCAAUUAUCGAUCAAAGUUGAGGACCCUGACUUUAAAUCAUUUUUUGAAACGGUAUUCUUGUUUACCAAGCUCUUAAUAUCUAAAAAAGACCCACUCACUGAGGCUGUCAAUUACAUCAAGGACUACGUCGGAAAACACGGUCUUGAUUUUCAGCCUCUGAAAGUAUAUUAUUUAAGGCAAAUCACUCCCGGUUUAAGUGAAUUGGGUGAUUUGAUUGGUUACCAAAUUGAGAAUCCUUCGACUUCCAUUGAAGCUCUAAUUAAAUUGUACAACAAUGAGAAUUCGACAGAAAUAAAGAAAAUAAAGGACUCUGUCAAGUUGUCCUUCUCUAUAAACAUGACGGAAAGCGCCAAGAACGAAAAAUAUAAUGAGAAAAUAUGGCCACUUCUAUCAGAAUCAGAGCUCCCUAAACUUUAUGAACUGUGGAUUGAUUUAGAACAGAUUGACGAAAAAAGGUACAAGAUUCAAAAUGAAUAUUUAGAAUUCAAAUACAACCUAUUAUUCAUUGCUCCUGUAGUAGAAAAACCCAGACUGAGAGCGGAAAUUAAGGACUUGGUUGAGGGUAUGGUAUUGAUCAAAUGCCCUUCUGAAUUGGCAUGGAAAAUACACUUUGACUGGCUGGAUCCUCAAUCACUUGCUGGUCUGGAUAUUGUUCAAGUUGUUGAUUACAUCAAUUUGUUUGGGAAAAAGAGGGGAUUUGGUGCUAUUUUAUACCUAUAUUUAAUCUCCGAUAUUUCACCCUUUGAAAAAUCAAAAGUUGCAGAAUACCUAGCUCCCGGAAAAGAAAAAGCCAAAGGAAAAACCCAGGUUUCAAAAUUAGAAACUGAACACCCGGGAAAGUUAUUAGAAGACGUGCCAAAAACUGGGGCAAACAACCAAAGUUACGACAUUUUUGACGUCACUCCACAAGAAAUAUUCACUAAAAUGCUUUCUAACUUAUCUCAAGUGAAAAGCUCUGUCUUAUGUUGCAGAAUUGUUCUUAGCUAUGCCAUCCAUCUUAAAGAUUAUGCGUAUGCCUUGGAUGUCUCUACCGAUUUCACUAAUGCUUUAGUUUUACUACAGAACAGCAGGGGAAUAGUUUUAUCUAAUUCAAAAAUGGAGCAAACUCUAGCUUUGGCAAUUAUUUACACCUAUUAUGAAGCUCCAAAGAAUUUCCCUAAGGCAUUAUCUCUAUACGAUUCCAUUUGGAGGAAAGAUCCGAAUAACACCAAGGUUAAAAUCGGUAAGGCAUUAAUUCUUGUGGAGACCAAAAAGUAUGAUGAAGCCGCCGAAAUUUUUAAGAGUUUGAUAACUUCCGAUCCAACAGAUGUUGAUGCCACUCAGGAAUACGGUUGGUGCCAGAUCCAACUUGGCAACUUUGAGUUGGGAAGAGAAUAUAUAGAACGUGCCAUCUCAACUCUUCAAAGUGAGGCGUAUUCAAAGAAGAGCUUAAAUUUUAUGGAAGUUGUUUCAACUCUAAAAUACAGAUUAGCAAUGUCCUACUAUAUGCAGUUUGAUGGUACUUCAGCAAGUCUUCACAAUGAAGCAACCUUGAAGGAGUAUAUAGGUAAAUGUUCAAAGCUGCUUAUAGAAUGUCUAAAAAUCUCACCUAAUCAUGCACCAUCAUUUACUGCUCUCGGAUUGCUUCAUUAUAACUACUUAGGUAAAAAGGAGCGUGCAAUUAAGUUGUUUUACAAGGCUUUCGAACUUGAUCCUUCUCAAAUAGAAGCUUCUUAUAAACUAGCUGAGCAUUUCACUUCAAUUGGAGAUUGGGAAAUGGCCGAUUUGAUCUGCAAAUCAGUCACCGAGAAUUCUAAGGCAAAGCGCCAAUUAAGUUCAAGUUACUCGAAUAUAAAAGACAAGGCAUGGCCUUACAGAGUGUUAGGAUGUGCUUCUAUGGAAUUCAAGGAGGAUGUUAAAGCAAUCGAAUAUUUCCAAAGUGCGUUAAGAAUGGACUCUUCUGAUAUUUCUUCCUGGAUAGGUUUAGGGGAAGCAUACAUGUCAAGAGGUAGAUUGGAAGCUAGUGUUAAGGUCUUUACUCAUGUCAUCAAAUUACAGUCGGGUGUUCUUGAAAAAGACGUAGAAAUUACUCCAGAAAUGGAGAAAAAAGCGGAUUGGCAUGUUGUUUAUUUGCUAGCAGUAGCUUUAACGAAUAUGCUUGAAUUUGAAAAUAGUAUCAGAAUACUAACCAAUUUGUUGGAUACCAACGAAGAGCAAAGAAACAAUUCAUGCAUUCUAACAUUACUUAUUGAAACCUUGAUCCUGAGAUGCGAUGCGGAAAUUGAAAGGGGUGCGAUUUUAAGAGCUUCGGACACAUUGUUAUCAACAUUUAGUUAUUUAUUCCAUGCUUUUGAUCUUGAAAAUAAAUCUACCAAACUAUGGAAAGCCCUAGGUGAUCUAUUGAGAAUAGCGUUGACAGUCAGAUCAUCCAUAUCAAGAGUUCCAUUUUCGAAGGUCCAUAAUUUGGUAAGUAACUUCAUGACGGAAAAGGAUGAAAUGUGGGAACUGGUAAAUUUUGAAGAAUUUCAAAUUGAUGAUUUGAUGAAAAAGGAGAAGUUUCCUGAAGUUUGCCAUAUUUAUUACUCUCUUUCCUGCAUCGGAGGGUAUUUAUGCACUAAAGAAGGCGCCGUGAAAACUUUACGUUCUAGUUUGCUUUUUAACAUUGCAAUCUCAUUUAUUUCAUGGUACAGAGAUUCUCUCCGUGAAAGGUACGUGGACACCUCAAUAAGAUUAUUGAAUAAAUGUGUCAAAUUAGAGCCAGAGAAUUCAGAAUAUUGGAAUUGUUUAGGUAUAGUGUCAAUGGGUAAAAACCCAAAGGUAUCACAACACUGUUAUAUUAAAGCGAUCUCUAUUGAAUCCAAAUCGCCAAUAUAUUGGUUUAACCUCGGUAUGCUCUAUAUCAAAUACGGAGAUUAUGAAUUAGCUAAGAAUUGCUUUACCAGAGCGCAGUCCAUUGGUGCCACCAAUUGCGUUCCAUGGGCAGGUCACGCUUUGAUUUGCAAAAAGGCCGGUGAUAUUGAAAAUGCUAGAAAUCUUUUCACACAUUCUUAUGUCUUGUCAAGAGGAACAAAUCCAUCCAUGACGAUUUUGUACGCUAUCUCUGUAUUGGAGGAAAUUGUUUCUGAAGGCGACGACGAAAGGAACUUAGAAGCCGUUGAAAAGCUGACUUCAGUUAAUUAUGGAAUGAUAAACUAUUUGAAGUUAUUCCCAUCAGAUACUUUUGCUCUUGAACUAACCGUUAAAAUUAUAGAAAGACUCUACUCUUUUAAUAGUGGUAUUGAAUAUUCAAAGAAUCUGUGCCAGUUAUAUGAGCAGGAGUACGAGGAAACAGAAAGUGAGAGGAUAUUGAUCAACUAUUGUAUGGCGAAAUGCCAAUAUUCCAGAUUUCUACUUGCAAAGCAAGAGUAUGUUAAGGCUUCCGAAGUAUGUGAUGAUGUUGGCUCGUUGUUAGAUACAAUAUCAGAUAUAACUAUGCAAGUUCAAAGAUGCAUGUUGUCUUGUUUCACUGUUUUCGGAUUAUCACUAUACUUCCAAGGAGAUUACGAAAGGUCACUUGAAGAGUUUAGGAAGCUAGUCGAUGCCUUCCCAGAGAAUGAAAGAAUUGUUGUUUUAAUAUCCCAGGUGCUGUUUGCAUCUGGAGAUGAGGCUGCAAAACAAGAAGCUAUGGAUGAAUUACUGAACAACAUUGCAACGCAAGGCACUUCAUUGAUAGUCGCAAUGACCAUUGCUGCUAUAUCAUUGGUUGAAGACUUGACUGAAUACAUUGAUGCAGUCAAGGAAGUUUUGGAUCAAUUACCUUUAGAUACAUUAAUCAGGGAUUCACAUCGGGAAAUCCCGAAGCUAUUGAUCAUGAUAUCCAAGAGAAUUACAGCCAAACAACCAGGUACAAGGGUCAAUAGAACAUGGCAGAGAAAUGCAGUGUUAUUCCCAGGUGACAUUUCAGUCUGGAGCCACGUUGACAGUGAAGUUGCACUGGAAUUGUCUAUCCAUACUAAGAAGGACUGUGCGAUGGAUGUUUCUGAUGCUUACGCAAAGGUGAAACGACUUAGAGAGGCACAGAGAAGUAUCCUUUUAAGUGGAGGAGUCAACGAGAAAGCACUUGCAGAGCUUUUCUCCCUUGUUGGGAAGGCAUGA